GCAAAUAGAAGGGUGGCAUGUGAGAAGUGGAAGGACUUAGUUGGUCCUAAGAUAAGGAAGAUAAUUGAUAAGAUAGGGCAGAGAGCUACACAAUAUCGAGCACAUAGAAGUGGGGAGUUUAUUUUUCAAAUAAUUGGAACUGGUGAGGGAGGCAGCAAGCAUGCUGUGGAUUUGGGACUCCACACUUGCACAUGUAAGAGGUGGCAGCUUAGUGGGAUCCCUUGUGUGCAUGCAAUUUGUGCAAUCAGAUUCAAGAAACAGGAAGCAGCCUUGUAUUGUGAUGAUUAGCUCAUGCCUAGCUCAUAUAUGGAGGCCUAUAACCCCAUCAUCUAUCCCAUUGCAGGGGAGGAUGAUUGGGAACUUGUUGACUAUCCCAUUGCACCUCCACCUUACAAGCAGCAAGCUGGAAGACCUAAGAUGAAGAGGCAUAAAAACCAGGAGAGAAAGAAAAUCACCCACCACCACCUGCUCCUAAAGAAGGGAAACUCUCUAAAGCUGGGAUUAAGAUGUCCUACAAAAUAUGUGGCCAGCAAGGACACAACAAAUUGGGUUGUCCUAUAACAAAGGCCAAAAAGGCAGCAGCAGGAGAAGGACCAUCAAGUGGAGCAGCUCCAAACAAGAGGCAGAGAAAUGAGGUCAACAGAGCAGCUGCACCAAAGGGGUCUACUAACGUCAAGGACCAAGUUAUCAGGUCUACGAAAACAUGGAAGAAAAUCAAGCAAACUGUGGAGAGUACUUCGGGUCCCAAUGUUGGUGCCUCAACAUCACAAUCAAAUCAGCAGCCUCCCACUCAAAGUAGCCAGAAUUUGGCAGCUGGGAGUGCUCAAUGGAAAGAAUCAGAGCCUAUGCAACCAAGCCAAGCUUCAUCUGAAUAUGCAGCAUUUUAAUCCAAUUUGAACUAUUGGUUUUUGUUAUUGCUUAACGCUUACAUUUUACUAAAUUAUCAGUCAACAUUAAGCACUUGUUGCUUAUGCAUUUUGCUGGACAAAUUAUGUAUGAGUCAUUUGUCAAUGGAUGAUUCAAUUCUUAUGAUCUUUUUCA